CAGACAACGGGAAUCGAACGCGCCGUUCAUGGAUAAAUAACAAUGGCGGCCACAGGUGUUCUGCCGUUUGUUCGAGGAGUUGAUUUUUCUCGAAAUGACUUUUUUGGUCAUGAUGGGGAUGCUUUCCCAAACCAAGUUGGUGAUAUGUCUGGAUUAAGAUGGCUGCGACUGAACAAAACAAAACUUCAAAAGAUCCCGGAGGAAAUAAGUAAACUGAAAAAAUUGGAGCACUUGACCAUCAUGCAUAAUGACCUAGUAGGCCUAGGAGACAGCCUGGGGUCAUUGCCAGCACUCCGGACUCUCAACUGUAGACACAAUGAACUUAAUGAUGAUGGUAUCCCAGGCAAAAUCUUCAACCAUGAAGAUCUGUCUGUUGUGGACCUGAGUCACAACAAACUAGUAGAUGUGCCACCAGAACUAGAGAAUGCCACCAACGUCAUUGUUCUCAACCUCAGUCACAACCAGAUUGAAAUGAUCCCAAAUCAGCUGUUCAUCAAUUUGACAGACAUUUUCUUCCUAGACCUCAGUAAUAACCUGUUUGAGACCCUGCCCCCACAGAUGAGGCGACUGACCAACCUUCAGACACUCAUCCUAAACAAUAAUCCCCUGGUCCAUGCACAGCUUAGACAACUGCCAGCUUUGCUGUCCCUACAAACCUUGCACAUGAGGGACACACAGAGAACCCUGGCUAAUUUCCCCUCUGGACUGGAUACACUCACCAACCUACAGGAUGUUGACUUGUCUAACAAUGACCUGCCACGAGUGCCAGAGACACUGUACAAAGUCAGCUCCCUGAAGCGUCUCAACCUCAGUGGCAACCAGAUCACAGAGCUCUCUCUCGUCAUUGACACAUGGGUCAACAUGGAAACACUGAACCUGUCCCGCAACAAACUCACAGCUCUGCCGUCCUCCCUUCACAAACUGGCUUCUCUGAAGAAACUCUACCUGAAUUCUAACCUGCUAGACUUUGAGGGAAUCCCAGCCAACAUUGGCAAGCUCCAUAACUUGGAAAUAUUCAGUGCGACUAACAACCAGCUGGAGAUGAUUCCAGAGGGACUGUGCAGAUGUGGGAAACUGAAACGGCUCCUUCUGAAUGGCAAUAAACUUAUUACACUUCCUGAUAUUCUGCAUCUAUUACCUGAGUUAGAGACACUGGAUGUAAGGGACAACCCAGGGCUAAUGAUGCCUCCCAAACCUGCUGAGUUGAAGAAAAACCUGGAGUUCUACAACAUCGACUUCUCCCUCAACAAUCAGCUACGUCUGGCCGGUGCUCCUACCGCCCCCUCAGCAGACCAGUCUCCUCAACAGAAAGACCCUGUGGCUCGUAAGUUAAGACUGAGGAAAAGACGUGAUGGCCAGCAAGAGAGUGAAAAAGUUCUCAAGGGUAUGAGGGAUGUGGCAAAGGAUAAGGCAGAUGGUGCUGGCCCAGAAUCUUCUGACAGUCAAGAGCAGAAAGAACCUCUCAAGCCAAAGCGAUGGGAUGAACACUUGACACGACCCCAGUUGAACUACAAUGAAAUCUUUGACGAAGAUGUUGGACAAAUACCUGGUAUCCAAUGUUGGGAAAUUGAAAAUUUUGUUCCAAAUCCAGUAGAGGAAGUUUUGAUUGGGAAGUUCUAUGAGGCUGAUUGCUACAUCAUCCUGAAGACCUUUAUAGAUGAGUCGAACAGCAUGGGAUGGAAGAUCUGGUACUGGAUUGGUGAACACUGCACUCUGGAUAAGAAGGCGUGUGCUGCCAUACAUGCAGUGAACCUGAGAAAUCUCCUGGGGGCAGAGUGUCGCUGUAUUCGUGAGGAGAUGGGGGAUGAGUCGGAUGAGUUCCUUGACCUGUUUGAGAACGGAGUGUCAUACAUAGAGGGUGGAAGGACAAGUAGUGGCUUCUACAGUGUGGAGAAUGCUGAAUAUGACAUAAAAUUAUAUCGAGCUACUGGUGUGCAGACAGUGUUCAUGGAGAGGUGUUUACCAGAGUUUUUAUCUUUGGAUAGCAGAUUUGUGUUCAUGUUGGAUACUGGUGUCAACAUAUAUAUCUGGGUGGGAAAGACAUCUAAAGCAGUCACCAAAACAAAGACAAGACUUAUAGCAGAGAAAAUUAAUAAGAAUGAAAGGAAAGGAAAAGCAGAGAUCCACAUGGAAGUUCAAGACAAGGAAUCAGCAGCGUUCUGGCGAGGAUUAGGGGGAGCUCCACCAAUGCCUAUAGUGGCAGCGACACUAGCACCGAUAGAAUACCUACCCAGGAUGUAUAAGGUGGGACUCGGUAUGGGAUACUUGGAACUACCACAAGUUGAAAUUCCAAAGGGGAAGUUAGUGCAAUCACUGUUGCAGUCUAAAUGUGUGUACAUACUGGACUGUAAGACUGACCUGUUUGUAUGGAUUGGUAAAAAGUCUACUCGGCUCAUCAGGGCAGCAGCACUGAAACUUUCACAAGAACUCAACCUCAUGUUGAUACGCCCAGACUACUGUAGUGUGACCAGGUGUUUAGAAGGGACAGAGUCACAGGUGUUUAAGACAAAGUUUAUUGGCUGGGACGAUGUGAUACCUGUAGACUACACCAGGACAGCAGAGUCCAUGGAUAGAAGGGGGCAUGACCUGAAGGUUAUUAUGGAGAGAGAUAAACCGAAGACAGACCUGUCAGCACUUUUCAUGCCCAGACAACCCACCAUGACCCUCGAUGAGGCGGAUCAGCUGACUACUGAAUGGAAUGAAGACCUGGAUGGAAUGGAAGCAUUUGUACUGGAGGGCAAGAAGUUUGUGCGACUACCUGAUGAGGAGCUAGGUAUAUUCCACACUCAGGAUUGUUAUGUGUUCCUCUGUCGGUACUGGGUACCACUCGAGAAGGACGAUGACGAUGAGGAAGACGAUGAUGAGGAUGAAGACCCUGAAGCAGAUGACUACAAAUGUGUUGUGUACUUCUGGCAAGGUCGUGACACCUCAAACAUGGGUUGGCUUACCUUCACCUUUAGUUUGCAAAAGAAGUUUGAGACACUGUUCAAGGACAGACUAGAAGUAGUGCGCACACAUCAGCAACAGGAGAAUCUCAAAUUCCUCUCCCACUUCAAACGUCAAUUCAUCAUUCGUCGGGGCAAGCGAAAAGUGGGUGGAGGUGAGGUUAAGAGGACGGACAUUGAAUUCUUCCAUCUCCGUGCAAAUGGCAGUCCUAUAGCUACUAGAUGUAUACAGAUUAAACCAGAUGCCUCCUUAUUAAACUCAUUCUUCUGCUAUAUCCUGAUGGUGCCGUUUGAUAGCGAGGACCUGAUGGGUGUGGUCUAUGUGUGGAUUGGCAGCCGAGCAGAGCAUGAGGAGGCAACACUGGCGGAAAAGAUAGCAUACAAGAUGUACAAAGACAACUACACGAUACAGAUGAUCAGCGAGGGUGAAGAACCGGUCAAUUUCUUCUGGGUUGGCAUUGGAGGCAAGAAACCUCACGACACUGAGGCCAAGUUUAUGCAACAUGCUCGACUGUUCAGGUGUUCAAAUGAAAAGGGCUACUUUACAGUGUCGGAAAAAUGUGCUGAUUUCUGUCAGGAUGACCUGGCUGAUGAUGAUGUGAUGAUCUUGGACAAUGGCGAGAACGUCUUCCUGUGGGUUGGCAAGAAAACAAGUGAUGUGGAAAUUAAACUUGCAUUUAAGAGUGCACAGGUAUAUAUCCAACACAUGCGUAACAAACAGCCCAACAAGCCACGUAAACUACUGCUGGCCAUGAAGUACAAAGAGCUGAGGAGGUUCAUCAAGUGUUUCCACGGCUGGGGCAAAUACAAGGAAGUAUUGGAGUGAAUAUAUACAACACCACAGGUUUAGCUGCAGGAGUUACAGCAUUCUGUUUAAAAGAUCCAGUCUCUGACAUGUUACAACAGGUUUCAGUUGUAGUGAUGAAAGCUACAUUCUCAUUAAGGCUAAAUUAAUGUAACAUUCAACCUAUUUCAUAAGUGAAUUUGGAUUAGAAUGAUGCCAACUGAUACCAAUAGUAGUUUCCUGUUUAUUGAAUGUGAGGUUUGAUAGAUGUGUUAUUUGCCAACGAAGAAAAUGACUGAAAACGUAUGUAAGUCAUUGAAAUCAUUGUGAUUUGGUGCUGUAGAUGAAUGUAGAACCUCCAGCACCUAUUGCCAUAGUUAUGUUGGCCAGCUGCCACACCCCCUGAGCUGGUCACAAGAGUUAGUCAGGUGCCACACCCCUGAGCUGGCCACAACAGCUAGUCAGGUGCCACGCCCCCUGAACUGAUCACAAGAGACUGUUUAGUGCAAUAUUGAUGUUAUGCUAUUUGUGAACAGAUGAUCUGCUGUAGAAGUGUGUGUGUGAGUUUGUCUGUGAUAUUGGGAAUGUUUUAUGCUGCUGCCUAUAAUAGCUUCCUAUCUCUGUUAGUACUAGAAUGUUGUUUUCUUAAGUCUAUACAUCUCUCAUGUUUACCUGUUCAUGUUAACAAAAGUGUUUGUUAAUGGAGAAAUAGUUAAAGAACAAAUUGAUGAUUUAUUGAUGUUUGUACAGAUACAAUUUUGAAUGUUGAUUUGAAAUUAAACAGUCAUAGAUUUUAAUAAUGGUAAAUAAAUUCAUGUUCAAGGCCACAAACUUCUCUGCUGUAUGGUUAAACCUUAUUUAUGUCCAAUAGUAAUCUUAGGUUUAAUAUUCCAUGCUGUUAAAUAACAUUUGUUUGUGUAUAUGGAUAACAAAACCAGAUGAUUAAAACCUCACCUCAGCCUGUCCUACUAGCUUCUGAACGAGGACACACCUGACUUAGGUACUGUCUGUUCUGAGAUCAUUACAGAAAUCAAAGAAAUGUAUUUAGAAAACUAUACAACAAAAUAUUAACAUAUUACUCCUUUUUAUCAUUUGAUAUUAUUAAAGAUGAUAUAUAUAUAUAUAUUUGUUAAUAAUGCAUUCACCUAUAUAAUGGCGUUGUAGACUUGGGUACCCCUCGGGAAAUAAGGAAACACCAUAUUUUCAGUAUUCAGGCCUGGCAAUGAACUUCGUAAAUCUUUGUCAAAAUUUCAAAAAUCAACAGAAUUAUAAAAACAGCAAAUCAUUAUAGUAGGUUUUCAGAAGUGAGUGGUGAAUGUUAUGGAAAUCACACAGUCAUGUAAUAGGUCACAUCACUAUUACUUGUAUAGUGAAACCUGUGUAAUCUGACAUCUUUUAUCUGACAUAAUGCUGAAAUCCAAUAUUGGUUGAAAACUACAAAAUUAGACCUGUUACAGGUAUAUUCCAAAAUCAUACCAAUCAAAUAUAUUGUCUCACAUGAUGUCGGAUUAGACAGGUUCAUAUUACAGUCACUUUGGUGAGAUUAUUUAUAAUCAUUUAGUCAACUUAUACCCAUUAUUGUUAAUCAUGAUGAUGAUAAAAUAUUUAAAGCUAAUUAACAUUGUUACAAGAAUUCCAUAACUUUUUAUACAAUAAAACAAGAUUUACAUA